CUCCUCAAACUGCCGCCAACCAUCACCAUCUCUUCCCAUAAUAUCAAAUCACCGCUGAAGGAAAAAAAGGAAGUAAGCGAGACCGAUAGGACUGAGUAACAUGGAUCCGACGACAGAUAAGAGCCGAGCCCCUCGCUCCGAUUUUUACAGCGAAAUCGAUGUCAAGACGAAGCAUCCUGACAACGAAGUCGAUCACCGACCGAAUGGUGGUCCCCUUUUAAAACUGUUGUGGUCCGAAGAACCACUCACAGGUCAAACCCUAUUUUUGGGUGGGGAGGUUGGCAGCGACGGCAAGAUUUAUUGCAUACCUGGCCAUUCGCCCCGGGUAUUGGUGAUCGAUCCGGAAACCGAUGACGUGACACUGAUUGGUUCAAAAGAAUUGGUUUCCAACGGCACCAAGUUCAAGUGGCUGAGGGGCAUCCCGAUUGGGGACGUCAUUUAUGGUCUUCCCUGUCAUGCUUCCGAGGUACUCCGCAUCCACGUCCCGACUCAAACCAUUACCAAGAUACCAAUUCCAUACGAAACAUUCUACGAGGACCCGGCCGUCGCCAAACAGCAACGCAAGAUGAUCUGGAAAUACCACGGUGGGAACAUAUGCCACGAUGGCUGUAUCUAUGCUGUGCCACAAUCUGCCCUGCACGUCCUGAAAAUCGACCCAGAGACGGACACCUGCAGCCUCGUAGGCCCAGAGCUGCCCGGAAAGUAUAAGUGGUACGGUGGGGUAGAAUCCGGGGGUAGCAUCUACUGCGUCCCCCAAAAUAGCCCGCACGUCCUGCGGAUCAGCCCAGAGGCCAUCACGCUGCACGGCGACUACGGCGAGGGAGGACACAAGUGGCACGGCGCCGCAGCGGCGGACGAUGGAACGAUCGUGUGUAUCCCGAACAACGUUGACACCGUCCUCCUCGUCAAACCAGGGGAAGGCGAUGACGGUCCUACCCUGACCGAAAUCGGUGACGGGAGCUUCAUCCAGACAGGGCGACACCGGUCCGAUGGAAAGUAUAAGUACCUGGGGGCCAUGACCGGCACGAAUGGAAAAGUGUACAUCUUCCCGAGCGGCAGCGAGCAAGUUCUAGAGGUAGAUACGGCAAGAAAUAUUGCGCGCAACGUUGGUCCGAAUCUGAGGGACUCUGGCAUGGAGCGAAUAUUCCAGAACAAGUGGCAGAACGGGCUCACAAACCCACACGACAAGUGUGUAUAUGCGAUUCCGCUAUCYGGCGAGACGCUGCUGCGGAUCGACUGUAGCAACGACAGGGACGCCGGCGGGGACGGCGACGUCGAGGUGACGACUUGGCCGCUUCCCAGUCCGUUUGAAACGCUAGACAAAUGGGAGGGGGGAGUGAUCUGCGCCAAUGGGCUGAUGUACACCAUGCCCAACAACUGCAAGGCGGUUCUGAAGAUCCAGCCGUGCAACUGGAAACCAGACAACGAGUAACAAACAGCAGAUCGAUCAUCCGCUAAUUAAUAGAUACCUACAUC